CUCUCAGCUACUCUGGUGGUGUAAGAGUGUACCUUGUAGCAAGAGAAAGUCAAGUAUCAUAAAUGGUUUUUGCUUUGAUCAUGCAGCAGCAGUGGUGGCACAGAAAGUGAAGAGAUUUUACAGAUUUGGGAUAUAUACAAGUUUGCUUUUGGAAGAGGUAAUACAUCAUAAUCCCACCUUACAAUUUUAUAUAUAAAAGAGAAAGAGAGGGCCAUGGAGUGAUAAUGGGAAACAACUGUUAGGUGGGUUUGAUUUUUUCUAGUUGUAGUUGAAGAAAGUUCAGUCUUUUUGUUACUAAAACAAGUUGGAGGGGUGUGAUUUUACAAGGGUUGGUGUUGAAAUCUACUACCAACCCACCAAAAAAAUACAAUAAGCUAUGGAUUCUUAUGAAGCAACAAAGAUUGUUCUUUCAAGAAUUCAGAACUUAGAUCCUGAAAAUGCUACCAAAAUUAUUGGGUUACUGUUGAUUCAAGAUCAUGGUGAGAAAGAAAUGAUAAGGUUGGCUUUUGGUCCUGAAUCUUUAGUUCAUUCUGUGAUUCUUAAAGCUAGGAAAGAUCUUGGUUUGUUUUCGUCCAAAAAUAGUCCAUUGUCAUCACCAUCCACACCAUGUUCUCCUUUGCCUUUUAGUCGUCAGAAUUCGUCGAAUUCUCGGGUUUUCAAUGGUGUUAAUCUUCCAUCUCCGUUAAGUAUACCAAACCCUAAUGGUGUCUUUAGUCCAAAUUCAUUUUUAAGUCACUAUAAGAGUCCUAAUGGAGGGAGCAAUAUAGGAAAUGUGUCAUGUUUGUCCGCAGCGAUGAAUUCAUCAGCUAUUCCAUAUUAUGGAAAUGGAGAGAAUAGUGAUCUCAUUGAUGAAGUUCAAAUGCCUUUUCUCAAUGAUGGUCUGAAUUCGAAUGAUUUCUACUACCCACAGCCAGACUUAGUGUCGAGUCCAGAUAGCAGCAGUGUUAAUGCUAUGUUGUUUAAUUCGAGUUGGGGCGGUGCAAAUCACAGGAGGAGUUGCUCUGUGAGUGAUAUUUGUUUGAAUUCUGAAGACCCUAGUGGAGGAUUUGGCUGGAAACCUUGUCUCUACUUUGCCAAGGGCUAUUGUAAAAAUGGGGCUAAUUGUCGAUUUGUUCAUGGUGGUGGGCUAUCUGAUUCUGAUGGAAUUUCAAAUAUGGUGGGCUCACCAAAUGAAAUUGAUAUGAUGGAGCGUUGUCAAGAGCUUCUUAGGUCAAAAUCAGUCCAACAACAAAGAUUAGCUGCAGCUUCUCAGUUCAUGAGUGGAGGUUCUAGUUUCUCUUAUAGUCCAAGGGCGGCUGCGACUCUAAUGAUGGGAGAAGACAUUAACAAAUUUAGUCGAUCUCCUAGGUUUGAGAGGAGUGAGUUUCCGAUAUUGAGUCCAGAAUCAAGACAGAUAUACUUGACUUUCCCAGCUGACAGUACAUUUAGAGAAGAAGAUGUAUCUACUUAUUUCAGUAUUUAUGGUCCUGUGCAAGAUGUGAGGAUUCCAUACCAGCAGAAGCGUAUGUUUGGAUUUGUCACCUUCAUUUAUCCAGAGACUGUGAAGCUCAUUCUGGCUAAAGGAAAUCCUCAUUUUGUAUGUGAUGCUCGGGUGCUUGUUAAGCCAUACAAGGAGAAAGGAAAAGUUCCGGAUAAAUUCAGGAAGAAUCAACAAAUAGAGAGGAAUGAAUUUUUAUCAUGUGGUAGCCCAACUGGUUUAGACUCAAGGGACCCUUUUGAUAUGCAGUUGGGGGCAAGGAUGUUGUAUAAUAGUCAAGACGCACUGUGGAGGAAGAAGUUGGAGGAGCAAGCUGAUUUGGAACAAGCAAUUGAACUGCAAAAUCGGAGGUUAAUGGAAUUGCAGCUGCUUGAAGUGAAGAGUAAACAUCACCGAGCCUUCUCUUCUGGUGCAGCCAUUCCCUUCCCAACUACAGCACGCGAUCCCAAUUUUUUUCAGCAGAGCAUUUUUAUGCCUUCAAAUCGAAGCAGUCCGGAGUUUUCAGAAGAAAGUGGACCCGGAAAUACUAUCAACACCAAUAUUCAACAGGCUGCAAUUGGAAGUGAUCAAGAUAGAGAUUCUCCAAGAAAUGAAAAUAGCAAUGGGAAAACAAGCCCCGGUCAUGAUGAAAACCUUGAUUUAGACGAAAGCAUGGAACAGAGUCUGCCUGAAAAUCUAUUUGCAUCACCAAAAGCUGCUGAUGAACAUGUAACGACAUUCUCCAUAGACACAACUGAACCAGCCGUGGAGAAAAUGGGCACCGUCAUUUCCUCACCAUCUUCUGCUAAAAAUAAUUUGAUGACUUCAUCCUUGCUUCCUGCUAGCUCUGCCCUCGACAUGGCUUCCCUCAAUUCGUGCUAUUUUCAAGCUCCGAGGUUCUCGAAUCAUGGAGCCAUUGAAAUGUAGCCUUAUGCCUUCUUACUUAACCCGGGAAGAAGACUGAUGAAGAAAUUUAAAAGUAAAAACUCAGAUCAGGAAUCUGUAGAGAACCCAUCAACUUUACAAGCACAAGACUCCAGCACCACCAUCAAUCUCAAUACUGCUACCAUUAUACUACUUACUAUAAUACAAAAAAAGACAUACAAGGCACAAGUAAAGAAAGUGGGUUAUACCCCACACUCCUCUCUUUGUUGUAAUAUAGAGGAGAGUAGCUAAUAUUUUAGUUCUUGUAGGAGCUGAAAUUUGGACCACAGGCUUAUAAUCAUGUAGAAGAUCAAGUCAUAGAAAAAUGGGACAUUGAUUGAAUAUGUAGUAGGUUGGCAAAAGAAAAUAGUAAUUAUAGACUGAUUUUCAAGUGUCCCUUUCCUCUAAAUUUUCGUUUGAAUUUUGUGUAUUAAUUUUUUAGAAACUGCAGUACUUGGCAACAAUUAUUGUACAGCAAAUUUGCAUCAGCAGGCAGCAUGUAAUAUGAAAGUGACAAGAAACAAGA